GUGAUGUUUUUAUUACGUACAUCCCAGUGAAGAAAUCAGACAGAACAAAGGAAAUAAUUUAUUUGUGAAAGUUCCGAUGCAAGACAGAUGCCUAAGAUCAUUGUUCAUUGAUAAUUUAAUGUCAUUUCUAAUUUUAGUACCUAUUGCAAUAUGCAUUUUUCUUUACCUGUACCAGGGACAUUGACAUUACUCACAAAUAAAUAAUUGUCAUUUCCUCCUUUAGGGGCUAUAAAAGAGGAGCUCUGUGCUGAUAGUUACAGAUAAUCUGAGCUCUUCUCAUCAUCAUGUAUUUGACUUUUUUACUCCUGACACUGCAGGUGUUGAGCACCACAGCUUCACACUUUUAUGGAGGCUCAAUGACUUUUAACUCAAGAAGUAACUUUGAUGGAUCAUACAAGGUGGAACUUCGCUUCAAGACGGCCUACCAUCAAUGUUCCUCAUUUGAUAACUGGGCAUGCUGGUCUGGAGACUGUGGCACUGAGGACAGUUAUGAGAUGGGUCAAAUAGAUUCAAGUGUCAAUGGUGGAAACUGGUGUCAGUCUGAGGGAAUCAUAACAAGAACCGUUUCCACCAAUGACCCAUUUGAGCUGGUAAACCAGAAUUGCUGUUGGAUUUACAACACAGUGACAAUGGCUGGACCCUGGAGUCUUUUCACACAAAUUGACCUUGGAGUGAGAUCAGACACCUCAGAGCCCAACAAAUCCCCAAUCACUACCACAUUACCGUUUCUGAGAGUUCCUCAGAACUGUCCAAGGAGGUUCAAUCUUUUAGCCUUUGAUCCUGAUGGUGACCACGUCAGAUGUAGAUAUGGACUCGCAUACAAUAAUGAGUGUGGAAUUUGCAACCAACCUGCUGGUUUUACUUUGGAUCAGAAUGAAUGUUUGUUGUCGUAUGACUACACAUCGCUCACAGGAGUUUAUUCAUUUGAGUUGGUACUGGAGGAUUUCCCCAUGCAGACGAUCACUCUGUCCUACACCAACCAACCUUCAGUGACUAGAGAUCCAGUCAUUUUCAACAGAGCCCGACGCAUGGUUCAAAGCAUUGGUUUAACUUAUAAAACCACAGUUCUACCGACUACAAUCCCAGCUCUACUGACUACAACCCCAGUUCCACCGACUACAACCCCAGUUCCACCGACUACAACCCCAGUUCCACCGACUACAACCCCAGUUCCACCGACUACAACCCCGGUUACACAUACUACUACCCCAGUUCCACCGACUACAACCUCAGUUCCACUGACUACAACCCCAGUUCCACCUACUACAACCACAUGUGGACCUUGUACAACCACAGUUCCUCCGACUACAACCCCAGUUCCACCUUCUACAACCCAGGUUACACACACUACUACCCCAGUUCCACCGACUACAACCCCAGUUCUACCGACUACAACCACUGUUCCAGCUGUAUCACUGAGCAAAAUUCCUCUUCAAUUUUCUCUUCAAGUUGAUGGUUCAGCUCCAUCUUGCACUGAGGGUGAAUAUAUACCACAGUUCCUCCCACCAACACCUCAACAUGGAGAGCACCUGCAGGCCCGUGUGAAUGAGAAGCUUGAAAUCAUAAUAAAUGCUUUCGCAUUUAUUUCAAGCCUCACUGAUGUCUUCAUAAGUGGACCUCUGCACAGCACAAAACACAAAGCAACCACUGGGGAGUAUGUGAUUAACUGGACACCAACUCCAGAGAACUUUGGCCAACAUUUUCCAUUUUGCUUCAUCGCAGAAGGACAAUUUGGGUCAAACAUUUACCAGUCUGAAAUGAGGUGUGUCAUUGUAGAGGUGGAUGAAAUGGCAUCGACUACAACCACAGUGGCAUCGACUACAACCACAGUGGAACUGACUACAACCACAGUGGCACCGACUACAACCACAGUGGGACCGACUACAACCACAGUCGCACCGACUACAACCACAGUCGGACCGACUACAACCACAGUCGGACCAACUACAACCACAGUGGCACCGACUACAACCACAGUUGCACCGACUUUGCCAGGACCCAAGGCACAUGUAACCUGCUCAGAAAACUCAAUGUCAGUGUCAGUUGAGAAGUCUACAAUCAAGAACGUCAAUAACAAACACUUCAGACUGAUAGAUCCGCUUUGCCAGCCUAACUCCAAUGUGACCCAUGUGUAUAUCAACAUACCUUUGAAUGGUUGUGGCACUGAAAUGAAGGAGACCAAUGAAUACCUUAUCUUCAAGAAUAAAAUCAUUUCGUACGAUGACCACAGAGACAUUAUAACCAGGACCCACAAACUAGAAAUUGAAUUCCUGUGCGAGUACCAGAAAAGAAGCAACCUUACAAUGGAGAUCAACUUCUCUACUAACAUUAGUAAUGAUACAUUGUGGAUGAAACUGUUCAGAUUUUCUCAAACCGCCAACCAUACAUCCAAUUCGGGGUAGAGGCCUUCAAAUUCAUUGGGCUCCACGACCAGGU